AUGAAAGACAUCAUCGAGGAAUGGACGAAGAAAGAAAUCAGGAGACUUUCUCAUAAGAAAGCACCUCCCAAAGAAGAAUACAGAGUUCUUGAAAGAAGAAUCAAGGCUAAGUUGAGAGUCUACGUGGAGCAGCAAUUCGAAUUGGCCAAAGAGUCCAUUGACAAAGAUUUCGAAGGAGAAGGGGUUUUCCAAAUUGAAAUGCUUGGUAUAGAUACCUACGACCCCGAUUUUGGGCUAUGUUGUCCUUACUUCGAAAUCUCAAGAGAAGCUAUCAGGGAGAGAGUCUUCUCUCCGAUGAUCACACCAAUUCUAGAGCUCAUCCAAGCGCAAGUCUCAGAAUUUGAUUCAGUCCAAGGGAAGCUUGGAUUGAAAUUGAGAGUAUGCCCAUUCGAUCAAGAUGAGAAGUAUGUGCUGAGCUUAGAACAGAACCUUUUCUUCGUUGGAGGCGCCAGUUCAAAUGGUUAUAUCCGAAAAAGGAUACAGGAUCAUUUCAAAUCCUUGACGAUGUUGCCACGCCAUGAUAAUUCUGCCACUCUUGUAGCUGACGGAUCCCUCAUACGUUACCUACGACGCGAUGCCAUCAAGACUACUUCCGUAUCGCGUAGCUUUGGAGUUGUCUGGGAUGAGGAGUACGAAAAAGAUACCCAUGGAAGCGACGUGAAGCUUCACCGAGACAAGUUUGAUCAAAAGUACGUGGUGAGAGACUGUAUAACUUGGAUCUUCCGAAGGGUAUUUGAAAUCAACUUCUAUCUUGAUCGACGCUUAUCCCUUCAGGGCGAGCACAUUCCUUCAGGUGAAGAAAGAUUCAUGCCUAAGGGGGCGUGGCAUGCAGUCCCGAUUACCGGUCUGCAAAGAUUGAGGCAGAAUCUCUAUCAAUCUAAGACUCAGACCAAAGAUCACGUCCCAUUGUCAAGUCCCAAAAGCGGUAUACGCCAGAUUGGAUAUGUGGAGAUUGUUCUUUCGACAAAGGACAGAAAGGACUUUCAAGUGAUAUCACGGGGCAAGAAGAAGUGGCAUCUAUUUGAUUAUACAAUGAGGAUGAAGUACGAUCACUCUGUCAUGGAGUACGAGUUCAUUAUACCAAAGAAUGGCUGUGGCGAAUGUAAUGAGAAUUGGGAAGAGAGCAAUGGGGCUAAGGUCAUGGCAGCGCGACUGGAACCCGACAUCUGCUUUGAUUGGCAAGAGCAAGAGAGCGCGAGCACACAACCUCCAUCCGGCUGUGCAUCAGACCAAGUCGCAAAUCGGCCUCCUACCAACAACAGUGCAACCGCAAACUAUAUAUACAAUGACAUUUCAGGUCGACGCGAUCAACCGCAGAUAGAUGUGAAUCAGUCCACCAACCUUAAAAGGAAACAGAAGCACAUGAAGGACCUCACACAUAAACGCACCCGACAUUCCGACCUAAACCACCAUGGGGCGGACCACACGCCUUACUCAAGCCCACUGCCCAAGAAAGCCCCAUCAAAGCGCUUGAUUACACCAGAUAUCCAUCCUCAUGAACGAUCCCCUGCGUCUCGCGCGAGGGGCAACCCAAGAAAGGCUAUCCAGACGAGCGCACCAAUGGCGAUCAUGUCCGAGCUACACAACAACAAACGACGCCGUGGGACGAGCAUAUAUGAUUUUGAAGAUUCAAGUGAAUACUGGAGUGAUGAAAACGCGGAAACGGGGCCCAAUCAGCCGCCUGUGGACGUAUGGUCGUUUUGGCCGGAGAACGCAUGA